AUGUCCAGUGCCUUCGUCAGCAAAUCUCGCAAGGUGCGCUUCGAGCUGACGCUCCGAAUCGUCGACCUCAACAACGUCCCGCUCGUGUCCGGCACCAGCUUCAUCAAAUGGCACUUGCCCUCCUCGACCGCCGCCGACCACCGUGGCAGAACGGCCAAGUGCGCGAUCAAGGACCACCGCGUGCAGUAUGCCUACGAGAAACAGACUCAAGUGCGCCUGACGGUCGGCAAAGGCGGAAUGCUGCACGACUGCCCCGUCCACUUCGACGUCGUACAGGAGUACUCCGCAGGCGGUCGAGGAGAGAGAAUUGUGCUGGGCCAGAUCCACCUCAACCUCGCCGAGUAUGUCGAUGCUGCAGAGGUGCAGAGUCCUGGAGCGGCGGACGGCGAGGAUGGCAUCACACGUCGAUACCUCAUGCAGGACAGCAAGAUCAACAGCACCCUGAAGAUUGGUAUUGCUAUGCGCCACAUUGACGGCACGCGGGAGUACAUCGCGCCUCAGCUGAGGACGGCGCCCGUAUUCGGUGGCAUUGCAGGCAUCAUUGCAGGCUCUGAGCCGACGGGCAACUCGCACAAUGCUGCGUCGCACACCAAUGGUGAUGCCGAUGGACAAGACGCGGCGGCAUUACCGAACUUCAGCACCACGAACAAAGAGCUGGGCGAGAUGCAGGACAUGUAUCGCCGGACACUAGCCGCGUACUGGGCCAGCCAACCGGGAGAACUGAGAGCUGACGAGUGCAUUGAAGACAUUUUCGGAGGCGGUGACGGCUGGGGCAAAGGAGGCAGGCCAGCGAUGGGUGGCCAAAGUCAGCCUGGCUCUGGCUCGUCGACGCCAAACGAGCCCGACAUAUCACGAGACAGCUCGACUGUUUCCAAGAUCAGUAGCGAGACCAGACGCAACUUUAUACGACAUCACGACAGAAAAGGAAGGCCACGAAAGAACGCAGGUGAACUGGAAGAGCUAGAUGUCAGAGAUGAUCUUGUCAGCUGGCAAGUGGGUGAUGGAGCGAACGAUGCGGCAGACAAGUUGAGAUCGUGA